UCAACCUGGCAUGACCGGUCGCUCCAAGUCAUCAAAGGAUAGCCACAAGCGCACCAACUACUCCUCAUUCCCUCGUGCCACUGCCGGAUGGAAUUUUAUUCAGAGCCUUGGUUUUAUAUUUGCCGCCGGCGCAACUAGCCUUGGCGGUUCAGUCACUCGUCGCCUCGGUCAGAGGACCGCAACUGGAAUUGUUGCCGGUAUUUUGUUUAUCCUUACCCUGCUUCUCCUGGGAACCUUUACACGGUUCAAGAGGAUCCAGAUUAUUCCGGACUGCACAUGUUCAGAGAUGGACCGGUGGACAAAAGAACGGCGAGUAAGCUUGCACAACUGGGCCGCCGCAAUGGCAGCGGCUAAGGCCAAGGGUAAAGAACUUAACGAAAUCCCCGAGGAUGAUGUUGGUUAGAGACCAGCUAUCUUGGGCAACCCAGUCGACAGAUACCGCCGAAUCAACAUUUUUGAAUUGGGCUCUUUGACACGAUGGACUGAGAUUCGUAAGAAAAAUAGAUUGAUUGACGAGAACACACAUCUCAACCGACAAGCGGUGGCGAUGGCUCGUGAUGAGUUUCAGCAUAGUGCCCGCCAUAGCGCAGGGAAGAUCGCACGCAAGGUUAGCAAUAAAAGUUUGGACAGCAAGUGCAGUCAUGAAAGUAGCGACGACGAGCUCCUAGACGCUCAAGAUAAAGACGCACGGUCUGUGAGUCCCUCACCAAGUCCCAGGCCGGUUGGAUCAGAAAUCGGCCACACUCCGUCUCAGCGCGGAUUAGCACAUGUGUAUAGGGAUGACUUAGGCCGGGAUUCGACGGAAGGGCCAAAUCGAUCAUACAACCACACACCGCAGUCGAACAAGAGUGUCAGCCUCGCUGCGCCACCUGUACUUGUCCAAAGGUCAAGUGCUGAUAAUCUCGCCAUCCCAACAGAGUCAUCCCACCAAGGAACCUCAACCCUCGCGAGUCCGGACAAUGGACAGCCUAAAUUAGGCGAGGAUGAUGUGCCUGGUAAAGAUCAUGCGGUGACUAAUCGCGCGGGCGAGGGUCACGAGAAACCUACAGAUAAUGAAUUUGAAGAUGUAAACCUUGGUGGUUUUGAGAAGAAUACUACGUCUUGAGUUGUGAAAGGGGCAACACGGCUUCCAGACUGUAUGACUACUGGGCAGAUUGAAGAAUAUCACGUAGUCCUAUUGAAAUUACCUACAGUAUACAGAAUAUUAGAUUCAUUUUGCUCCUGCUGCAGAUAUUGUGUGUUAGGAAGCUGCCGAUGAACAAACUGACUGCCUAUUACGCCCUGUAAUUUCUUAUUGUAAGAGAGGCGGUUUAUCAUGCUAACGAAUUUAACUUGACCAGACCGGAUGCUUGAUAUUUUGAUACUAUUCAAAGAUGGCCGAUCUCGUGCUGGCUUUGUUCAUGCAAUUGUCACAUGAAAAUUCCAAAAGUUAUUCCCAGAUUUGAUAUCGCCACAUUAAAAGUCAUCACUGUUCCAAUCUGAACCUGCUGAUGUAGCUAUCACAGGAGAAUCACAAAAGGCUAUUCCCAAAUCUGACAUCUCGCCACCUGGAAAACCCAUUACGGAUUCAUUCUUCGGAUCGGAGUGCAUACCUACACAGUAUGCAACUGAUCUCUAUUCGACUUUCCUAAAGGCAUUGUCGCCUGGCAUCUAGUGCACUUAUGCAUUUAUAAUACUUAAUAUGUGCGAGUCAGGCUCGUCAGGGUACUUCUG